AUGGCCGUCAUUGACCAAGACAAUUUGACUGGAGUGGAAACUACCGCCACUGUUACUGCGACGAGCACAGGAAUUGAUCCAAGUGAUCCUCUAUACCUCCACCCAUUUGAUAAUCCAGGAGCUAUGUUCGUUUCAGUUGCUUUUGACGGAAUAGGGUACAGGUCUUGGAGGAAUAGUGUAUUGAGUGGGUUAUCUACGAAGAACAAAUUAGGUUUUAUAAGCGGCGAGUGCAAACAACCAGAUCCUUCGUCACAACAAUUUCGACAAUGGGAGCGAUGUGAUAAUAUGGUGACGUCUUGGAUCCUAAAUUCACUCUCUAAGGAAACCGCAGUUAGUGUAGAAUAUGCAAAUGAUGGUGUUGAACUUUGGAAGGAACUGGAGGUCGCUAUGAACAAACUAAUAGAUCUAGGCUGUAUCAAAUUCAGAAGGAAAUUAACAGUCUUUCCUAAGGAAGAGCUCACUAAUUUGAACAAAAGGACUCAAUGUAGUUGCGCCUGUAAUUGUGGUGCAAAAGAGAGUAUGUGCAAAGCCGAGAAAGAUAGGAGACUGAUACAGUUCCUUAUGGGACUGAAUGAGGUAUACACAGUAGUUCGAGGCAGCAUACUUAUGAUGAAUCCAUUACCAAGCCUGGCACAGGCAUUUUCACUUCUAGUUCAAGAUGAAAAACAAAGAGAGAUUAGGCCAGUUAGCCAUUUAUCUGUUGAGUCAACCUCAUUGAACGUGAGUGCAUCAGGACAGGGUUCAUUUAAGACAAACUUUCCAACAAACAACAAUUAUAGUGGAAUUCCUAGAGCCCAGCUCAUAUGUGAACACUGCAAAAAGCCGGGACGUAGUAAGAACAGAUGUUACAAGAUACAUGGUUACCCACAGAACAAUCAGAAUUCUGCUCAGAACUUCACUCCAAGGCACCUCUCGAAUGGUCAGAACUAUGGCCAAAAAUCUAGAUACAAUAAAGACAAAAAAGUAGUUGCAAGUUGCAAGGAGUUCCCAAUGAAGCUGUUAUCACUAAGGAAAAUGAAAACAAAACACAAGAUGAUGGAAGGAAUGUGA